AUGAUCAUCGUGAGGUGUGAGAACAUAGAAGGAAUCUAUACCCCUAGAAUGGCGUACGAGAAUUACGAAGAGGCAGUCGAACAGUGCAAUUCAAUUGGCAUGCGUCUGAUUGAAAAUUUAAAUUUUUCAAAAUUUCGAGAAAUCGACAUUGAUGAUGAUCAAAUUCCGGUGUGGGAAAGAGACUUCUGGCUUGACAAGACCGUCGACGAUCUGGGUGACCUUGAAAAAGAACAGGUUCAAGCGAAGAUGAAUUCGACAAAAGUAGUGACAUCUUACCACCCAUCUGGUUUCAUGGAGUGUUACUCUCAAAGCAUUGCGUAUAAUUCCGCAAAUUUUUCCGAAAUGAGGACCUACGUCUGCGCUGAUGACAUGCUGACGGAUGAUGGAAAGCUAAAAAUCAAGAACGUAAUCACGAAGAAAUUCGCUGAUGAUUGCGAUUAUCUCCCGAUUAAUAAAACAUUUCUCGAUAGCUUUGGCGUCUCGGAAGGAAAAAACAGACUAGAAGCUAACAUUGAAGUUGUGUCUAACUGGGAAGUCGCUGCUAAUAGAGAGUUAUUCUCAAUUUUAACUCCGACUCCUGAAAAUAAUGAGAACAUAACUUGGUGCUGGGGCUCUCCGAAACCGUUGAAUCGGUUGGUUGCAACAUUUGAUGAGAACAAACAGUUGAAUUACAAACUUAUUUCCGAAGAACAACAGGCGAAAACUCUUUGCGAAAAGAAGUCGGCCUGA